UUCAGAGAGAGAGAGAGAAAUGGGAGAUAAGAACAUGAUUUCUUCGUCUUCUAGCUCCUCUGUUUACGACACUCGCGAUCCUUCCGACGAAAUCACGCAGUUUCUCCGGCAGAUUCUCGUCCGACGCUCCUCGCCGCGGCCGUCGUAUUCUCCGGCGACAUACGAAGACUGCUCGCAUGCACCGGAGCCACGACCCUCCGCUUCACCGCCGUCGGAUGUGCUCGCGAAGCGCGCGAUCUCCGCCAUUGAUUUAUCUGACGGUGAUCGCUCCGGCUCCGCCACGAGUUUUCGAUCCUCCGGGGUAAGAUUCUUCGUUGAUGCGGCGGCGAUCCGAAGGUCGUCUUCCUCCGUCGGAACGAGUGGGAAUGAGACUGACGAUUACGACUGCGAAAGCAAGGAGGGGAUGGAGGUAGUGGUGGAUGAACUUCCGGCGAAGCCAGCUCCACCGCGUAGUUCUUGUAAGAGAAGCAGAGCUGCUGAAAUUCACAACUUGUCUGAAAAGAGGAGGAGGAGUAGGAUCAAUGAGAAAAUGAAGGCUUUGCAAAACCUGAUCCCAAACUCGAACAAGACGGAUAAGGCUUCCAUGCUCGAUGAAGCCAUAGAGUACCUGCAACAGCUUCAAGUCCAAAUGCUGACAAUGAGGAACAGACUAAGCUUGCAUCCGAUGUGCUUAACGAGUGGACCAUUGUAUCUGCCUGAGAUCCGACCUCUGACCACCGAUCAAUUUGCUUCGAUUUCGAAUGAAAAUUAAAUAGUUAACUUAGGAGCAUCAUAUGGAUUGGACCCAUCUGUUCGAUGUCACUUAGAGGUCUGUCCUGUCCUUGAUUCACUUGUGGUAUGGACGCCCUUUUCCUACACUUUUCAUUGAUUAUCAUUACAUAUAACAACAUUCUUUUUAACGCCAUUAACGUGAAUCUUCGAGAUUUUGAUUUUGACCUGUCAAAGAAGAAGAGUAAAGAAUACUCGAUAACGCAUCACGGGCUCAACGAUGCUACUCAUCCGAAGACAAACUCGCUUGGAGAAGAGGCUGACCUAAAAGACAAUCUCACUUGACAAAGACACCAACUUUGUCACAGCAUUCCGCACCAGGAUUCUAAAGCUUUGCUUCUAUAUGUGAUCUCCAUUAGGGUUAUCUUUUCUUAGGGUGCAAGAAAAGCAACCGACUUCAAGAAUACACAUAACUGUCAUUAGGGUUCUCUUAUGUAUUUGGUUGGAUAACAAGCUCACUCUAGCGUCUAGACUGGUCUUGUGGUCUAACAGUUGAAAGACUGGUCCUUUAUCCAUUAUCGCACUUCGUUAGCUGAUGGGUGUAUAUAUAUAUAUGUGUAUAUAGUCGUUGUGAAUCUACCCGUUCA